AUGAUCUCUAAUUACAAAAGAAUAGAAGAUCACUUUAAUCAUCCUUCCUUAUCUGAAAUCAAAGAAGCCAUAUUAUUAAUUGGUCAUGUACCAGCAAAUGGUUCAAUUAUAACAGACAUGAAACCACCACAAGUGCAACACACUAAAGACAUAGCUUGGAAAAUUAAAUGUUCCACAUUGAGCUUACCCAUGCUUGAUAUACUUAAUCGCAACUUUCCUAAACUUCUCAAUGAUCUAACGUUAUGUUUACUUUGUAAAUCUAACGUUGAAACAAAUAAUCAUAUCUGGAUUUGUCCAGCACCUAAUGCAAUUAAAUCAAAUAUUUGGAAAGUACGUUCCAAUAUAUGGAAAGAUUGGAAAUCAGCGAAUGGGCUUACUAAAAAUGAUUUUAAAAAUUACACUAAGAAUUUUCAUCGUAAUAAUCAACAAACAAGUUCUGAUGAAUUUAUGUUAAGACGUGAAGUACGUCAUCGAACUACUAGGGAAUAUGUUAAUUCACAUUUUGAUUUUAGGAAUUAUAAGAAUCAUACAGAUUUACUUUUUAUAUUAUUUUCCUUGUCAAAUUUUUUACACAGUGGACCUUUUUAUAAUCAUUGUAGAUGCGAAUAUUAUUGA